CCCGGGUCAGGCCACAUCUAGCUAUAUUCAUAUAUAAGUUGCUGUUGAUCAAUGUUCAUACACAUAUCAACCCAUAAUACUAGUUAUUAAGUCUUAAAUCACUCUUGAUCAUGCCGGGAUUAGUAUACUCGUCGGAUUCUGAUGACAUCUAUGGAGCCAGCCACUCGAGGCUCUUCGGACGCGAGAGGCCAAUUCAUCGUGUUCUUGGAGGUGGCAAAGUUGCGGAUGUGUUGCUAUGGAGGAACAGAUACGUAUCGGGAGCGCUUUUGGGUGUGAUGACCGUGAUAUGGUUUCUUUUCGAGAUAGUCGAGUACAAUUUCAUCACUCUCGUCUGUCAUGCCUCUAUUACCACCAUGCUUGUUAUCUUCAUAUGGCGCAUGGUGGCAGAAAUCUUCAAUUUAACACCUCCUAGAAUACCAAAAGUCAUAUUAGAUGAUUCUACAUUCAGAGAAGUAGCUUCCAUGGUCCAUAGGAAGUUCAACCGUUUCUUAUCAAAGCUCCUCGACAGUGCUACUGGAAAAGACCUACCAUUCUUCAUUUUGGCAAUCUUUUCUCUAUAUAUUGUGUCUGUGAUCGGAACCUAUUUCAGCUUCCUGAAUCUUCUUUACUUGGGGUUCCUGAGUCUGGAAACUCUGCCAGUUCUGUAUGAGACAUUUGAGGAAGAUGUUGAUCAACUAGCAGGAAAAAUUUCCAGAAAAAUAAAGAAAUCAUACAGAAAAUUUGAGGCUCAGUUCCUCAACAAGAUCCCAAGAGGCCCAGUAAAAGACAGGAAAAUCAGAUGAUUAACUUCCUGUCCCAACUUGCACUUACAAUCAUAUAUUGUAUUAAAUUAUAUCUGUAAAUAAAACAGUACUAGUACUCGACAUAAUGUCGCGGAAUGGCCAAUGACUCGAUAUUAUCACACUAUGUAACUCAAUGCAAUGACUCAGUAUUUGAACUCAACCUUUUAU